AUGGACCUAAGAGCUGCUUGCAUGGCCAAGUACUGCCCUAAUGAUAUAAUCAUCCCAGACCCUAUUCCCGAGUUUGUGCAAAGUGCCUUCUAUAAUAUACUUGACGGUUUGGAGCUUGCACUGGAAAAGGAUAGUGUCCAGUGCUUCCUCCGCUUGUUCGCGAAAUCUCCCAAUGUCAUGGCAUGGAAUUUGAGCAUAACCUCUGAUACCUUGACCUGCAUGGUCAGCCAUAAUGCCCUGCAAUGCGCAAAGGUUGUGUUGCAGGGCAAGGCAUCUCGGCUCCAUGGUCUCCAUGCCAAUCCCAACUGCAUGAACCCGCACGGAUACUUUCCAAUCCAUGGAGCUGCUGAACGGUUCUCUGUUAACAUGAUCAAGUUGCUCUUCCGCCAUGGUGCUUCAGCCAAUGUUCGCACAGUCGGCGAUGCCGUCGUUCAGGAUUUACUCCCACUCCAUGUUGCGGUCGAGAAUGGUUGCAUGCAUAAGUAUCUGGAGGACAACCUCCUUCCUAUGCAGUAUCAUCCGGAUUAUAUAUACAAGCUCAUUCAUCUGUUGUGCCUACCUGAGAUGAAGAUCUUCCUCGAUACGGUUAGGCCUCUUGCUGGAAAAACAGAUAAUCUAGUUCAUGAGAUCUGGAACUACAUUAUGAAUGGAAAGCUUGUUCAGGCUACAGUUUUACUACUGGCAGCCCAAAAGCAGAUACGGAAGUAUGAUUUGUUUAAUACUAUCAUGUAUCAUAUAUUCAGAAAAACUUCUUUGAUAAGCUUUGGGAACGGUGAUAAUGGCGAGGCACGGAAGCAGAUGGAAGAAGUAUUUCAUCUUGUUAAUAUAAUUUCCCGUGCUGGUGAAGCUCUUGAUAAAUAUAUCCAGGCACAUUCAGAGGUGUCACACACGGAGGUCCUUGAACAUGUCUCAACUAUACUGAAGGGAUUUGGAUUUUUCCCAGGAGGAGACUGCAUUAACGUUGGAAACCUCCGCCCUUAUGACUGCAAGGUUUCUGUAAGGGGGUUACAUGGCAAAGGGAAUGUGGAUGGAACCAAGGAUCUUACAGAAAUGCCUUAUCUGCAUGCUGCAGAGCAGAAGCAUGCUACACUGGACUGGUACCAAAAGAGGCUGGCAUGUUGCAAGUAG